AUGCGGGUCCUCUCAGGUUUGAUCCUUAUUCUAGGAUACGCGAAAUCUUCCCGUUCGGCGUUCAUCACGGACCCUGCGAGCUUGGUGAACUUGUUCAUAGGCACUACUAAUGGUGGUCAUGUGUUUCCAGGUGCGACUCUGCCACACGGAAUGGUGAAAACCGGAAUGGACACCGAUUCUCCGGGGAACCAAGCUGGUUAUGAUGCUGAUCCGCAAUAUAACGUGACGGGCUUUUCCCAGUUGCACGAUAGCGGGACCGGGGGUGGCAUAUCGUUGUCCAAUUUCAAGAUCUUUCCUCUGCUGACAUGCGAGCAAGACUACUUUGAGUACUGCAAAACCAGCGUGGAGAGCCGAAAAGUCCUGCGGAAUCUCUUAGAGGACGGUAGUCCUGACGAUUUUGCUCAGCCGGGGUACUUCAGCACGAAUCUCUCUACCGGUGUCCGUGUUGAACUUACAGCAUCGCGUCGGGCUGCACUGCAUCGGUACACCUUCCCGUCCUCGUUCCCGUCCAAUGUCUCCUCGAACCCCAACACAAAUGUCAACAAUACAUACAUUCACCCGAGAAUCGUGGUAGAUGUGACGAAUGACGGUAGUCAGACUAGCACAUACCCAUCGAUGCAAAUCAACACUACCACUAAAAGAGUCACGGGCGGUGCGCAAUUCCAGGCGUCGUUUGGGCCAGGUAGAUAUAGUUUAUACGUAUGCACCGACUUCCAAGUGCCCGGACAGAGUGAACCGGGAGCUGGAAUCGAGGAAUACGGGGCGUGGUUGGCUGACUAUCCAGUGCGAUGGACUGAGAACGUCGACCAAAUGUACUACGGAUUUAGAGACGAGCUAGGGGCUCUGCUCACCUUCCCGGCCAACACCAGCUCGGUCCUGGUACGCGUAGGCGUGAGCUAUAUCAGUGCAGAUCAAGCUUGUGCGAAUGCCGAAGAGGAGAUCCCUGAUUCUACGGCAGGAUGGGACUUCGAUGGAGUGAAAAACUCGGCAUUUGAAACCUGGAACGAGGCAUGUCGAUUGCUCGGUCGUAUACAGGUGGACCCCACAGGAGUCGACAAUGAGACUGUUUCACUCUUCUAUUCCUCGGUGUACAGGACUCACAUUGUACCAGCCGAUUACACCGGUGAAAACCCUCUGUGGAACUCUACCGAACCAUACUAUGAUUCUCUAUACUGCAACUGGGAUACCUAUCGCACUCUCUACUCGCUGUAUGCUCUGCACGCACCGGUGGACUUCGCUCGAAUUGUCAGAGGAUUCAUUAAUAUCCAGCAACACGAAGGUUGGCUGCCCGAGUGUCGUGGCGCAACUCAAAAGCAGUAUAUUCAGGGCGGUAGCAACGGAGACCCUAUCCUCGGCGAGUUCUUCGUCAAGUACUACAAGCAGGCUGCUGCUCUGAAUGUCUCAGCCACCGACCUCUACAACGCAUUACUGGCAGAUGCGGAGAUCCAGCCUCCCAAUUGGGAUUUGGAAGGCCGACAAGUCAACAUCUGGAAAUCGCUAGGCUGGAUCCCUCAGGAUGGCUAUGAACCCGGAGGGACUAAUUCAAAACAAGUCUCACGGACUUUGGAGCAUGCCUUCGGAGAUUUUGCCAUUUCUCAGGUAGCACAAAUCUUGGGGAAGUUGGAAGAUGCCGCUAAGUAUGCCCAACGUAGCAGCAACUUCGCGAAUGUAUGGAACCCCAAUGUUACUGUUCCGAGUGGUCCAUCCUCUGUCGUUGGCAUGAUGCAGCCGCGGUUCGCAAAUGGAACAUUCAACUAUACCGACCCCAGGCAUUGCAGUGUUCAUGAUCCCACCCAGGCUACUUGUUACCUGAACGCCGCAAACCAUGAUGGCUUCUACGAGAGUUCACCCCUAGUCGUAAGCCCAGUCUUUCGCGAUUACGUCCCGCACGAUACGGCGCGCCUCAUCGAGCUGCAAGGAGGGGUGCAGAAUUUCAUUGACCGAUUAAAUUUCCUGAUCGACGAGAACUAUUUCGACGAAACUGACGAGCCUUCCCAACAAAUUCCUUUCAUGUAUCAUUAUGCCAACGCCCCUGGUCUUAGUACGGUGAGGUCAAGACAAGUUAUCUCCGAGUACUUCAAUACUUCCGUGAACGGACUCCCGGGUAACGAUGAUUCUGGCGCCAUGGGAAGUUAUGCCGCUUUCUACCUCGCUGGGAUGUACCCCCUUCCAGCAACCCGACAGUUCCUCUUGUCUUCCCCAUACUUCCCCCAAAUUUCAUUCUACAACCCGAUCUUCAACACUACAACCACCAUCAAAGCAAUCGGGUUCGAGGGCAAUCCUGCCAAUGGAACCGAAGGCAAGAUAUUUGUCCAGAACGUGACGAUCAAUGGUCAACCGUGGCACUCGAAUUGCUACAUCGACUGGGACGCUUUCGAGCAAGGGGCGGUGAUCGAACUCCAACUCACUGACAAUGCCAACGUCACCUGCGGUACGGACUCCAGUGCCCUGCCACCGUCGCUGUCUACGGGUGGGUACGGAGAGUACAACUAUGAUCUCGGAAUGGGAAUGUGAUUGGGAGCAAGGACACCAAGGACCGUCAUGCAUGCGAGUCAGGACAUUGCGUUGUGAGUUUCCGAGUGGUAUCCUCUGGGUAGUCGUGUGUCAGACACGACGCGAACUGCGCAUGCAAUACAGCCUCUAGUUCAGUGAUACGACUCCAAAUAUCUUCAA